UAUAAAUACUCCCUCUGGUUUCCUCACACCAAUAUCAAUCAUUCUCUUUUAGCUUCCUCCACAUUCAUUCUUUCUUUGAUCAUCUUCUAAGCUCUUAAAUUCAUCAUCAUCAUGGGUGUCUUCACAUACGAAACCGAGUUCACCUCUGUCAUUGCUCCACCUAGGUUGUUCAAAGCCCUUGUUCUAGAUGCUGACAACCUCGUCCCAAAGAUUGCUCCACAAGCAGUUAAAAGUGCUGAAAUUGUUGAAGGAGAUGGAGGUGUUGGAACCAUCAAGAAGACUAGCUUCGGGGAAGGAAGUGAAUACAGCUAUGUGAAGCACCAGGUUGAUGCGCUUGACAAAGAUAACUUUGUGUACAGCUAUAGUUUGAUUGAAGGAGAUGCUCUUUCAGACAAAAUUGAGAAAAUCUCUUAUGAGAUUAAGUUGGUGGCAUCUGCAGAUGGAGGUUCUAUCAUAAAAAACACCAGCAACUACCACACCAAGGGAGAUGUUGAGAUCAAGGAAGAGCAUGUUAAAGCUGGCAAAGAAAGGGCCCGUGCUUUGUUCAAGGUUAUUGAGACCUAUCUUGUGGCCAACCCUGAUGCCUACAACUAAAACCAUCUAUUAUAUAUUCUACAUUUUUAGGGCAACAAUCUAUGUUCUCUCCUUUCUCUGUUUGUUCAGCAGUGUGGUUUUCAAUUUUUUUCUUUUUCUCAUACAAAAGCAGUCUAUGUGGUUAUGAUUAAAGAGUAAUAUUGUAUUUGAUUUCAAUCUCAAUAAUUUGAUAGCUUUUUCCAAA